GAUAAACAGUAGAAGAGAUAAACAGUAGAAGAGAUAAACAGUAGAAGAGAUAAACAGUAGAAGAGAUAAACAGUAGAAGAGAUAAACAGUAGAAGAGAUAAACAGUAGAAGAGAUAAACAGUAGAAGUAUAGAAAAUAAUAGAAGAAUAGAAUAGAACAUGAAGGAAAGGCAAUAUGAUAAACAAAGGUGAAAAGGAAAACGGAAAUUUAGGAACGGGAGAGAAUGAGAGAAAAGAAGAUAACGUGUAGGAUGAAAAAGAGAGAGAAAGAAAGAGAGUGUUGACGUAUUUCUCCUUCUCUGUUUAUAUCUCUGUAACCUAGGUUUCUAGACAGAUCAAAAUAUUCUUCACUAAAUUAUUUUCCUCACAUUGUCAUCAAUAAUAAUAAAAUUCAAGUAAAACAUUUCUUGAGAAAAAUAUUUUUUUAAUUCCAUUUUUGAAAUCCCUGAAAUCUUGGUUUAGCAUGUUUGUAAAGAGUAGGGAAGGUUUUCUAUUAAGUUCAGAUCAAUUAGCCGACCCCAGAGCAAGGACAAUCUAAAAGAAUAAAACAUCUAAAUUUUAAUCUGAGAAAAUGCAAAAGCUAUAAAUAGUAAAAAGAUUUAAAGCGUAUAAUAACAAAUCCACCAAUCCAAUCAGCCCAUAUCUGAUGACCUCCAAUUAUAUGUUCAAAUUACCGCCUCAUCUCAAUUAUCUUGCCUCAAACUUUUGACGGAUUAGAGAAUUAGAAGAACUGCCGCUGCACAGGGUCCCCCCCCAGAUCCUGAGUGAAAAGGUUCUAGCUGUGCUGAGUAGGGUACCUGGAGCUGUAAGAUGACCAACAUGUCAGAUCUACAUCUGUUCAGGGUGAGAACUCCCAGUUUUCUCAUCUCUGCAGAUAUUUCCUCAGAGGUGACUACCCUGCAGCAUGAACGUGAAGUAGUUCAACAGCUUCGCAGAGAAGCAAACAUCAAGAGAAUCAAUGUUAGUCAAGCUGCGGAAGAUAUCAAGAGGUUUGUAAACCAACAUCAACCAGAGGAUUUCCUACUCAUGGGCUUCCCUUCAGUUAAAUCUAAUCCAUUCAGAGAAAAAUCUUCAUGCACCGCCCUGUAAACUAUACAGGAUGUACACCCCCUUGUAGAUUAUACAGGGUGUACCCUCCUGUAGAUUAUACAGAGUGUACACCCCUGUUGAAUAUACAGGGUGUACCCUCCGUUAGAUUUUACAGGGUGUACCCCGCUGUUGAAUAUACAGGGUGUACCCUCCUGUAGACUAUACGGAGUGUACCAUCCUAUGGAUUAUACAGAGUGUACACCCCUGUUGAAUAUACAGGGUGUA